UCUUCAGCUCUUGUCUUGUAAUCAUUCACAACCAACACUUUGGCGAUGAUGGUUCAGCCGAAAUAAGAAAUCUUCGAUUGUUUGAGUGCGGGAAUGAGAAUAUUUGAAUCUUGAGUUUGAUUUAUAGUGGACAUACCAAGGGAUAGCGGGCUUGCUUGGACUGGAGCUGUAGAAUAUCUACCCCAAGAUUUGGAUUUGGUGACAUUCAACUGAGGAUGAAGAGGCCGUCAGGCCUUUGGAUACUGUUAUCUGCAGGUGUCCUUUGGCUGAGCAUACAAGAUGUUUAUGGAGUGAGAGGUACAUCUUUAAUAUUUGGCAAAUCAACAACAACCACUACUACAACUCCAUCGGCAGAAGAAAAAGAUUCUUCAGAAGACGAGGGAGUCACAACUGAACUGAGCGCAGAUGGCAAUACAACUAAGCCAACUUUGACUGGGAACCCCCAGAUAGACUAUAUUUGGGAUCCGAAUUUGCCAAAGGAACUCAAUGGAUAUAACUUAUCAGACUAUCCCUUCUAUGAAAGGGUACCAAAGGAUAUCACUUUCAAAUGCGAUGGGUUGCAUGAUGGUUUUUAUGCCAGCGUGCAACACAAAUGCCAGGUAUAUCAUCACUGCUUACACGAAACAAGAUACGACUUUUUGUGUGGUAACUACACUGCCUUUGAUCAAAGAACAUUCAUUUGCCAUUUUGCAUCUGAAGUCGACUGCAACAACUCCAAGAAAUAUUGGCACAGAAAUGAUGCUUUAUACAAAGCCGCCAGUACCACAACCGUUAAACCAAUAAUAUACACUACCGCUCCCCCAAUUCAAACACCAACAGACGGCUUAGCACCUCCUGUUGGAUCAGGCCCGAGAAGAAUCCGGCCAUAUCGCAGAAGGAGGCCGCAAUAUGAUUAUUACGAUGAUUAUUAUGAUUUCUUUUAUGAAGACAGGCCCAGAUCUCGAGGGCGGAAGAGACCUAGACCUCGACCUAGACCCAUAUACGAUGACGAAUACGAAGAAGAAUACGAAGAAGAACGUUACGAAAAAAGAGGGGGAGGAAGAAGAAACGAGAACAGAAGACCAUACGAGAGAAGGCCAAAUGCCGGGAGGGUGAGAAAUAAAGAAAGGCCUAGGUUAGAUUACGAAGACGAAGACAGUGAAACAAAAUACGAGGAUGAUAUAGAGCUGAGUAGGAGAAAACCUGUUGGGUCGAAAGAAUCAAAAAGCAAGUAUUAUGGAAGAAGGCACCCUACAGGCAGUGAAAGCGAAGAACAAGUAGAAAAACCAAGGCCAUCAGCUGAAAAAAUUCGUGAAAAAAGUAAACCAUCUCCGGACACUAGAGCAAUUAUAAAACCUGUCAGCGGGACCAUUUAUGAUCGACCUAGGUUGGCACCAAAAAUAAGGCUUCCUGUCCCUAAGAACGAGGCUGAAAAAUAUGCCUACAAGCCGCUAAUACCAAAAGAGCCUGUUCCUCAAGAAAAUAUUGAGUACGAUGAUGACUAUGUAGAAAUAGAGGCAUCUAAUUAUGAUAAAAAGAAACUUGGGGAACGCGAAUCUAACGAGAAACCUAUAAAAAAAUCGAAUCCAAGAACAAGCACCAGGAAACAUCCUCAAAUUGCGGAAAACACUUCAAGGAAUAAUACUCCGAAACGCCGUCCAAAACCUGAAUAUGAAGAUUACGAAGACGACUACGACUAUGCAAUAGAUGCCAGGCCAAACCCAACGGAAGACAUAAUGAAGGCGACACCCAAAACGUCAACUAGCACUCAUACGAAGAUUACUACGACUACAACCCAUACCACCCCAACCACCACCACCACUACCACCAUGGCACCAAUAGAGAAAAUUGAACAACCUUUAAUAAGGUUGGUCAAACGACCAUUCUUGCCAAGCCGUGGUGGUAAUCCAUACUCGGCAAGAGGUCUCAAACCAGUUGGAGCUAAAGCUGCACCAAAUGCUAGAGAAAACAGUGAAGUUUUUAACAAAGAACUUGGUAACAGGGACAAUUAUCAUAGCGAAUUUACACCAACGGAGGUUAUUUUGGACUCGCUGAUGAAAACCAGAAUUGUAUCAGCUGUCUCAAGAGAUAAUCACGAAGAAGGGGAAGAUCCUCGGCCAGCUGUCCCAACAGAUAAUUAUCAACGAGGGGUAGAUUCUCGGCAGAAUUUUCAAAAACCAGACGAAUAUCAAUCUCAGCCUCAUAAAUUGCCAGCAAAGAAUCCUUUGGAUAUUGCCAUCGACGAGUAUGAUAUAACACUCAAUGAUGCUCUUAAUCCUACUCUACCCAACCUUCCAGUUAGAGGAUAUCCAACUGGAUUUGAUGUCGUUAAUAACGAAUAUAUUUAUAACAAUAAUAAUUAUAGGCCUAGAUAUCCCCAAGAUCAAGUAGUCGCCACAGCAAGUAAUGGAUAUAUCUACAAGCCUAAGCCUGCUGACCAGCGUUUUGAAGUACAAACUCAUAGUAAUUUUGGUAACACCAAUUACCAAGCCCACUACAGCCCGAUUCGAGAAAAUUAUAGACCUAGACAAUAUCAAAGUACUGAAGCUCUUUAUUCGAGAUAUUGAUUGUUUGCUCAACAGCCAUAUUUUAUUUCAAUUUAAAUCAUUGAGUAUCAGCGAUAUAUGCGUAUUACCAUUCAAAGGUGAUGCUUCGGAUUGGAUACAUAAAAAAAGCUGAUGAUUGAUCGCAUAUGGAAGCUAUGAAAUCGAGUCACAUAUCUCAAUGACAAUAUAUAUGAUAAUUUGUUCCAGCUUGAAUUCCGACGAAACGCGAUGCAGAAGAUAAUUGAAAUAAUUUAUUCAAUGUUCAAGUCUGGAAAACAAAAUUUUAGUGAAAAAUAAACCCCUAUUUGGAACAGGAUAGUCACAGAGUGACUUAAUUUUGGUCAAAAUGAAGUUACAAAUAUAUCUUUUGAGUAGGUACCUGGUACCUGCCUACCUAUAAGCUCUAUUUAUAGGUUAUCACCUAAGAUUCAGUCGUAUUUUUAAAUUCGUAUGAGAGCUUCAAAAUCUAUGUCAGUUACCUGCAGAUACUCCAGUGAGAUUGUGAUUUCUAAAUACAUUCUAAAACAUAAUUUACUUUCAUUUUACCCAUCCUCGAAAAAAACUUCCACAAUUUUUAUAGCCUUUGAGGACAAUUUCCAAUGAUGACUAUAUCAAUACAUAUUCUCGAAAACUUGGGAAACUAACGUGUUCUGCCAAAAUUGGAAACCAGUAUAAUACAUUUUCAAAAUCGUCAACAUUUAUAGGUAUAUCAUAACUGUCUCUUUGGUGUAAGAUACGACUUCCUAUGUGCCAACUAUACAGCUUUUGAUCAAACUUUGUUCAACUGUAAUUUCGUUUCCAACGUCGACUGCCAGAAUUCCAAAAAGCACUGGUAUAGAAAUGACGACCUUUACAAGGCCGCUAGUACAACUGCAGCACCUGCGCCGUACAAUUUUUAUACCCAAGCCCCUCCAUUGUACCCUCUGACUGCUUCACCAAGCCUGAGGUCACCACAAGGGAAUUACUUCUCUCGAAGACUGCCUCCUGUUCAGCAAGUUCCUGUAGGUCAGCCCGUUCCUGCAGAUCAACUCAUUCCACUGCCGGCGCCGGUAGAACCCCCAGUAGAACAACGACCCCAACCAAGGCCUCAAGACAAAUUGAGGCCUCGAUUGGAUUAUUACGAUACAGAUGACUAUGAAGAAAGACCUAGGGUGAUGUAUAGGAGAAAGAGGCCACGACCGAGACCAGUUUACUAUGACGACUACGACUAUUACGAUGAGAGGCCUUAUAGGAGGCCUGAUGGUCGUCGGAGGAGACCAUUAGAUAGACGACCUAUAGCACCAAUUAAAAGAAAUCAAGGCAGGAGGGUGAAAUAUGAGUACGAAGACGAUGAGAUAGUUGAUGAUAGGAUUGAGGACGACAGAUUUGUGGAUGAUGUUUCCGAAGGGAAUCGAAAACGUGGUAGAGAGGAAGAACGACCAGUAUACAACAGAAGAAGGCAACCAAGUCGAUACAAGCGACCGAUUGAGGAUGAUCUCGACGAUUAUGAGGAAGACUAUGCGGCUAAAGAGAAGCGCAGAAGACAGCCCCCGAUCAGUCCAGAUUAUGAUGACGAGCCACUACCAACUAACAAAAAAGGGCCCUGAAGACCAUGCACAACAGUUCCUCCUGCUUCCUUACACCUAGAACAGUAAUACCUAUAUAAUACUAUGAAUAGUACUCAGCUCAAAAGAAUGAUAUCCUUAUUUGAAAUUGAUUUUACUUCAUAUUCUGAUAGGAAACUUUUCCAAUCAAUUCUUAAUAAAAGUUAAUAAUCCACCACACUUUAUCCAUCCAACCAUAUAAUAUUAUUUAGGUGACACAUACCUCUUGGAAUGUACAUACAGCUCAUCUGCUAAUAGUUUCCAGGAAACUGUGAGCUAACAUCACAAUUGAAAAUACACUUCCUUUGGUCCCAUCAGUGAGCUUUUAAUAAGGUGGGCGUGAAAAUAGGUGUGUGAUUUUGAGAGAAUAAUUCGAGAAUUCACAAGAUGAUAAAAACUAUCACCAAAUGAUGGCACUGUCAAGGCAAUAUCACCAUUCACUCUGGUGGUCAUAUCAUUAGUUAUAACAAUCUAAAAUUGAUAAGUAGAAAUGGUAACAGACAAUAUCUUUUCAGUUAGUUAGCUACUCACUGCGAAGUCAUGUUUAUCAGCUAGAGAUUUUAGUUCCAUGAAUAUUUUACUGAUUAUAUUCAACCUAUUUGUAGCUUCUAAUUUUCUGAGUGGAUUUGAUAUACUAUCUAUAACUACUAGUUUAAUCUAAAACAGUAAAGUGAAAUAUAACUAGCAUUCACUAUAUUCAAUGUCAUCACUACCUAUUCCACUCACAUUUUUGUGUGACAAAAAAUUACCCAAUUGAGCUAAGCAUCCAAUCAACUCAAUAGCAGAAUCAAUUUUCACAAAAUGUAUAUUCCUCAGAAUUAUUUUCUCAUUGAAUUGAAAGGAAUUAUCACCUUUAAUAUUGUCAUAAAGGUGUGCAAAGUUUCUUGCCAUUUCU